CCGGGUUCAAGCAAUUCUCCUGCCUCAGCCUCCUCAGUAAUGGGAUUACAGGCACACGCCACCCCACCCGACUAAUUUUUUAAAAAGUAUUUUUAGUAGAGACAGGGUUUCACCAUGUUGGCCAGGCUGGUCUCGAGCUCCUGACCUCAGGUGAUCUACCCUCUGCCUCCCAAAGUGCUGGGAUUACAGGCGUGAGCCACCAUGCCGGGCCUGUGUUUACAUUUAUUUAACCCUCACAACAACCUACUAGAUUGGUAAACCUGUGAAAUAGCGGUUGUUAUUUUAUAGAAGGGGAAAUUGAAGUACAGAAAAGUUACAUAAUUUGCCAGUAGUUACAACACUAGUAAGUGGAGGAGCCAAGACUUGAAUGUUUUUUACUAUACUGUACAAGAGAGAUACAAAGACCCCAAUAUAUGUGCAUCUACAAUAUACACACAUGCACAGGCACACUCACAUUUCUGCACCUACCAUCCUAUAGUGCUUGCUGUUUAUACAAGAGAUCCAACAGUUUCAUGGCUCUGGGUCUCAAACCUGUAAUAAUAGAGUUGCCAGAUUGAGCAAAUAAAAAUAAAGGAUGGCCAGGCACGGUGGCUCAUGCCUUUAACCCCAGCACUUUGGGAAGCCAAGGCCGGUGGAUCACCUGGGGUCAGGAGUUUGAGACCAGCCUGGCCAACAUAGCGAAACCCCGUCUCUACUAAAAAUACAAAAAUUAGCCAGAUAUGGUGGCGCCCACCCAUAGUCCCAGCUACUUGGGAGGCUGAGACAGGAGAAUCGCUUGAACCCAGGAGGUGGAGGUUGCAGGGAGCUGAGAUCAUACCACUGUGGUCCAGGCUGGGUGACAGAGUGAGACUCCAUCUCAAAAAAUAAUAAUAAUAAAAUAAAAUAAAGGAUGCAGGCCAGGCACCUUGGCUCACACACCUGUAUUCCCAGUACUUUGGGAGGCAGAGGUGGCACAAUUACUUGAGCCCAGGAGUUUGAGACCAGCCUUAGCAACAUACACCUCAUCUCUAAAAAAGAAAAAAUAAAUAAUAAUAAAAAAUUAAAGAUGCCCAGUUAAAUUUGAAGUUUAGAUAAGCACCAAAUAAUUUUAAAUAUAUCUAUGCAAUAUUUGGGACACACUUAAGCUUAAAAAUGUUUUUGGUGUUUAUCUGAAAUUCAAAUGUAACUGGGCAUCCUGUAUUUUAUCUGGCAACCCUACUAAGGAGAAAAAUUCCUAUUUGUCUUUCAAGUUCUAAGUCAAAUGACUAUUUCUACAGAAAGUCUUCAGUGAUUUCUCUGGGUAGUUUGUUUUUCCCUUCUGUUCUUUUAUAACCUCACCUGCUUCUAUCCAUUAUAGUAUUUAUUACUCUGAUUGUAGGCGCCUGAUCCUUCCCAUUCAGACCUUUUAUCUUUUGUGGGGAAAGCGUUUUAUGUUCAUCUCUGAAUUCCCAACCUUGGAGAUGUUGAAUGAUUGAAAUGGUAAUUGAAUAAACAUUUACUGAGAGCCAGUAGGUUUAAGAGGAGGAAUGAAGGAGAACCAGCAUUUAUUAAUUGCCUUCUAUAUGCUAAAUAUAGUGCUGAUUGCUUACAAUAUUUAAUGCCCCUUAGGCCUUAUUAAUAAAAUGGACGAGCAGUCUUUCGCCGCAGGAAGAUCACAUUCUCCUGAGGCCUAUAACAUUUGGCAUAAAUAACUGAUGCCAUUAUAGUCUCUGUAUCUCCUUUCUGAGAAAGCUGAACCUGGGCCUAGUUGGCGUAGAACUCCUGUUUCCAUAGAAACAAGAGGGUCUGUAAAAGUCAAGGGAGACAGGAAGAGCAGUUUGCACUUCCGGCUUACGUCGGAGACGCGUAGAACCCGGAAGUUGGCGCAGCGCGGUUGCCUAUGGUCGCUCCCUGAGAGGAUGCCGCUCGUGGUGUUUUGCGGGCUGCCGUACAGCGGCAAGAGCCGGCGUGCUGAAGAGUUGCGCGUGGCGCUGGCUGCCGAGGGCCGCACGGUGUACGUGGUGGACGACGCAGCUGUCCUGGGCGCAGAGGACCCAGCGGUGUACGGCGAUUCUGCCCGUGAGAAGGCAUUGCGUGGAGCUCUGCGAGCCUCCGUGGAACGGCGCCUGAGUCGCCACGACGUGGUCAUCCUGGACUCGCUUAACUACAUCAAAGGUUUCCGUUACGAGCUCUACUGCCUGGCACGGGCGGCGCGCACCCCGCUCUGCCUGGUCUACUGCGUACGGCCCGGCGGCCCGAUCGCGGGACCUCAGGUGGCGGGCGUGAACGAGAACUCUGGCCGGAACGUCAGUGUGAGUUGGCGGCCACGCGCUGAGGAGGACGGGAGAGCCCAGGCGGCGGGCAGCAGCGUCCUCAGGGAACUGCAUACUGCGGACUCUGUAGUAAAUGGAAGUGCCCAGGCCGACGUACCCAAGGAACUGGAGCGAGAAGAAUCCGGGGCUGCGGAGUCUCCAGCUCUUGUGACUCCGGAAUCAGAGAAAUCUGCAAAGCAUGGGUCCGGUGCCUUUUACUCUCCCGAACUCCUGGAGGCCCUAACGCUGCGCUUUGAGGCUCCCGAUUCUCGGAAUCGCUGGGACCGGCCUUUAUUCACUUUGGUGGGCCUAGAGGAGCCGUUGCCCCUGGCGGGGAUCCGCUCUGCCCUGUUUGAGAACCGGGCCCCACCACCCCAUCAGUCUACGCAGUCCCAGCCGCUCGCCUCCGGCAGCUUUCUGCACCAGUUGGACCAGGUCACGAGUCAAGUACUGGCCGGAUUGAUGGAAGCGCAGAAGAGCGCUGUCCCCGGGGACUUGCUCACGCUUCCUGGUACCACAGAGCACUUGCGGUUUACCCGGCCCUUGACCAUGGCAGAACUGAGUCGCCUUCGUCGCCAGUUUAUUUCGUACACUAAAAUGCAUCCCAACAAUGAGAACUUGCCGCAACUGGCCAACAUGUUUCUUCAGUAUUUGAGCCAGAGCCUGCACUAACCAGAGGAGGUAGGGGGGAAGCCAUGGCUUCUGAUCUCCACUCCACUUUAUUUCUCUGGGAAAAAUAGGCUGCAGGUCUCCAGAGCAUAUCGAUGCAGUACUGUACUAGAGCUGUUGUGACUGAUUCACUCGAACUUUCCUGCAUACCCCUGUGCCAGGCCUUGGGUUUACAGCAUAAGUUCAGACUAAAGAGAAUGGAGAACUAUUGUGGUGCAACCUGGCAAAUCCCUCCAGAGGACAGAGCUAAGGUGGACAGGGAUUACCUAGAUUGGAUCCUACUUGGGCUAUCACAGAGCAUUGACCAUUGGCUUCCCUCAAAUGAGGCUUGGGAGAGCAGACUGGAUAGAUGAGAAUUGUUUUAAAACAAUUGUGAACAGAAACUGAAGAUGGCACAGUUCUACAUCUGCACCUGCCCUUUUUUCAUACCACAGAAGUAUUUUUGGAGUACUGUACUGACUUUUUGAUAGUUUCUAUUCUGGGACCGAGUUCACAGAUAAAUCCAUUGGUUUGUAUCCUUGAGAAACUUUGUUUGUGUGGAAGUAAGAAAGUUAUCUACUAGAUUAUUUCCUCUAAUAAAAUCUUUUAAAAUAGUC